GUCCCGGGCGGCAGCGGCGGCGGCUGCUUCUUCUUCUUCUCGUGUCUCUUCGCUUCGCCUGCCUCGGAGGAUGGCAACGCCGUGGGGGCUCUGCCUGCUGCUGCUGCUGCUGCAGGCUGGAAGGUGGCUUUGUGAGGAGAGGGCCCCGUGCCAACCAGGCUUCAGCUCGGAGACGUACACCUUCACCGUGCGGGGACAGGAACUGAAGAGAGGCCAGAGGCUGGGAGAAGUGAGCUUCCAGAGCUGCACAGGAAGGACCCAUGCCCCCUACGUGUUGGACGACAGCCACUUCGAGGUGCGUGGAGGCGUGGUCUCGGUCAAACGGCGCCUGCACCUCCAUGGCCGUGAAUGGAGCUUUGGCAUCUUUGCCCCAGACUCGGCUGGCAAGCAGCACUCUGCCAGAGUUGUCAUCAGAAGUCGCCACCAUCACCACCUGCAUCAGCACCACGCUCAGGAGGUAGGUGUGCCGGCUCCUGCUUGCCAGCUGGGCAGGGAGCCACUGGGCCCUGGAGCCUCCCCUGGAGAAGUGCUGAUCUUCCCGGAGGCUCGUCCUGGCCUGAAGCGGCAGAAGAGGGACUGGGUCAUUCCCCCCAUUAAUUGUCCGGAGAAUGAGAAGGGGCCCUUCCCCAAGCCACUGGUGCAGAUCAAAUCCAAUAAGGACAAAGAGACCACCGUUUUCUACAGCAUCACCGGGCCAGGAGCGGACGCACCGCCUGUGGGCACCUUUAUUGUGGAGAGAGCGACUGGCUGGCUGGAGGUGACCCGCCCGCUGGACAGAGAGGCCAUCAACAAAUACGUCCUCUUCUCCCACGCAGUCUCUGCCAACGGAGAAGCCGUGGAGGACCCCAUGGAAGUGAUCAUCAAGGUGAGCGACCAGAACGACAACCGGCCCCAGUUCACCGAGCCCGUCUUCUAUGGAGCAGUGCCAGAAGGAGCCACGCCAGGGACCAACGUGGUGCAGGUCACGGCCACUGACGCAGACGACGAUGUGGACUCCUACAACGGGGUCGUCUCCUAUUCCAUCCUGAGCCAAGACCCUCCACAGCCCCAGCCCCAAAUGUUCACCAUCAACAGGGAUACGGGCAUGAUCAGCGUGGUCGUCUCUGGGCUGGACAGAGAGCAAAUCCCCAAAUACACGCUGGUCCUCCAAGCUGCAGACAUGGAGGGACAAGGCUUAACCACCACAGGGACAGCUGUGAUCACUGUCAGUGACGCAAAUGACAACCCUCCGAUUUUCAAACCAACCACGUAUGAUGUCACCGUGCCAGAGAAUGCGGCAGGGCUCCUGGUUGCCAAACUGCAUGUGGAAGACUUAGAUCAAGAAAAGACUGAUGCUUGGAAAGCCAGAUACCAAAUCGUCUCGGGGAAUGAGGGAGGGAAUUUCGAUAUCACUACCGAUCCUCAAAGCAACGAGGGCCUCUUGAGAACAGCUAAGGGCCUGGACUACGAGCAAAGAAAUAAGUUUGUCCUCAAAGUCUCCGUGACAAACGUCGCCAGCUUCUCAGUGGCCCUGCCGACAUCCACAGCCACCGUGACCGUCCAUGUGGCAGAUAUAAACGAGGCCCCUGUCUUUGUGCCACCUGUAAAGGUUGUGCGGCACUCGGAAGAUCUCCCUGUGGGACAGGUGGUGACCACCUACACAGCUCGGGAUCCAGACACGGAUAUGAAGCAGACCAUCCGGUAUUCCAUCGGGAAAGACCCGGCCAAGUGGCUGAUGAUUAACCAGGACACUGGUGUCAUAGAGACUAAAGCCGCUCUAGACAGGGAGUCAUUCUAUGUGAAGAACAACACUUAUGAGGCCCUCAUCUACGCCACUGACAAUGGGGAGCCAUCGUCCACUGGCACAGGAACCCUGCUUUUGAACCUCGACGACGUGAAUGACAACGCACCGGAGCCGGACCCGCGGAACUUCGAAAUCUGCAACCGGAACCCAGUGGCCCAACGGCUGAACAUUGUGGACAAGGAUCUCCCUCCACACACCUUUUCAGCAGACCUGACGAUGGGCGCGAGGGCCAACUGGACAGUCCAGAUGGAUGAGGGUGGGGAGAGCCUGAUCCUGAGGCUGACGAAGAUGCUGGAGCCCGGGGAAUACAGCAUUCCUCUGCAGCUGAGUGACGGCUCAGGGCAGAAACAGACCACGACGGUCAAAGCCCAAGUGUGUGACUGUGAAGGGGAAGCCAAGAACUGUGAGCGGAGGGGAUACAUAGCCGGCGGCUUGGAGGUCCCAGCCAUUCUGGGAAUCCUCGGAGGCAUCUUGGCCUUCUUGAUCCUCCUCCUGCUGCUGCUGCUGUUUGUGAGGAAGAGGAAGGUGGUGAAGGAGCCGCUGCUGCCCCCAGACGAUGACACCCGGGACAACGUCUAUUACUACGACGAAGAAGGUGGUGGGGAAGAGGAUCAGGACUAUGACAUGAGCCAGCUGCACCGUGGCUUGGAUGCUCGUCCCGAGAUCACCCGCAAUGAUGUUGCCCCGACACUUAUGCCAGCCCCGCAGUAUCGCCCGCGCCCGGCCAAUCCGGAUGAGAUAGGCAAUUUCAUUGACGAGAACCUGAAGGCGGCAGACACAGACCCCACCGCACCCCCUUACGACUCCCUGCUGGUGUUUGACUAUGAGGGCAGUGGGUCGGAGGCCGCCUCCCUCAGCUCCAUCAACUCCUCCACUGGAGACCAGGACCAAGACUAUGACUAUCUCAACGACUGGGGGAACCGCUUCCGAAAGCUAGCGGACAUGUACGGAGGAGGUGAAGAGGAGGACUAGGCAUGGGUGGGCAGAGCUCCGUGUGCAUGUUGCGGGGGAGAGAAAGAGAAAGCUCUCACAGGCAUGGCCAGAGACCCAGAUGUCCUCCACUUUCUAACAGCUGAUGGAUAAUCAAAGACCAGCUUGUUCCAUAAAUUGCCAAGACACUGCAAACUUUCCUACCUUACCACACUGGUCCCUCUUGGGGUGGAUUCAGGCAACCGCAUUUUUUGAUAUGAUAUUUUAAAUCAGCAGGUGGUGGUCAUUUUCUUUUGAAAAUACUAACUUGUGUUGUUGCCGCAGUCUCUUCCGUUUACGCUGUAAAUAGGAAAAGAGCUCAAAUGGAACGAGAUUAUAGGCACCUCAGGCACCGUUAAGUAGUUGUCUGAAUCCAUUCCUGUUUGCCAAAGACAUGAUUUUCUAAACGUUUUAAGCUCAUCAGUCGUCUUGAUCAACCCAAGACCCCACCCAGCCUGGGAACUUGUUGCCCCGGGAACAAUCCCUGGAGCUGCAUCAUGGCCCAUCUCAGCGCUUUCCUUUCAUCUUGGAUCCUGGUCCACCUUCCACUUAACCUCUUGGGAUCCCACUACUCUGACACCACUCCUCAAAAAGGCAGCCUGAAAACUUGCAAAAACAAGUGUUUUGAUGAGAACAAAGCAUAUGAAGGGAGAAAAGAUUGGCGAAGAGGCUGGCUGGCUGGGGCUAAUGAUGCUGUUCUCUGAUGCAUAAAGUCAAUAGUUGGGGAUGUUUAGAGAGGUUGUGUUCUGCCAGUAUGGCUUCAAGACCAUCUAGUGACUGGAAUUCCCAGGUAGGGGAAAUGGUGUUAUUGUGAACCCUUUGGGUGUUGCCUCCUGCUGAUCCAUUUAGCACUCUGGCCCUAAAGCAACAUCCCAAGACAACAGUCGAUCCUACAUGCACUCAGCAAUCCUGCAAAGCUAUCAGAUGUGGUGCCGACUGCAGAAUGUAGCUGGCUUUUCAUCUUUAAAACACAAAACACAAAUGUUUUCGGUUCCUAAGACAAGCAACGCCUGCUGUCCUCUCAGAAGGGUGGGAGGGUGAGAUUCUCUCACUCCCCACAGCUCUUUGCUAUGACCAAUAGAAGCACAACAGGCUAUGCAGAGACUUACUUGGAUAAAAUGUUUCUUGCCAAAAUCAUAGUUUCUGGAUGUAGAAUUGGCUGGUAGGGGAGUGUCCAUAAUGGGAAGGACAGAGCUGGCUAUUGCUAUCCCCUAAAGGGGCCAGGUUUUAGAGGAAGCAGCUGGCAAGAAAGGUCUGAGGGGGAAUUAGCCAAUCGUACCCUUCCUGGGGAGGAAGCUCAGUGCCUGGGGGGGGGGAGUGUGGGAGGGUCCAGAUUCACCUGGUUACAAGGGCUUGAAUAGGUAACAUCUACAAUGCAAUUGUGCCAUUUUUCUUAUGAUGAAAUUUCUGCCAAGAAAUCUGUAAUUAUAGAUGUCUCUUCUGGUGAAAAUGCCAGUGAUAUGCUUUUGACUACUGUUAAGAGUUGAAUGUUGAUAUAAUUGCUGUCCAUGUGAUGGACGGGCUCUUUUUUUGCAAUAAUAAGUGGCUUUGCUGUUUUUUGAUCUGUGUGUUUCAUUGUUCUUUUUAUAUGCACAAAAUUCAGAAGCCAUACCGUGUAAUGCCUUAUUAAGCUGAUGUGUUUUAAAGUAUUUUAAUAAAGUUUUUCUUUUUAAAAA